AUGUGGGAAGAAAGCCCUCAAGCUAGACCUUGCGAUAAGGGAAGCCCAGAUUCUUGUGCAGAGUUCCCCGGAGAGGCUAUUCUGCGUGGAUCCGUUUCGAGCUUCGCGAGAUGGGUUUCCUAUCUUCGUGGUGGAAGAUCAGUGUGGAGGGAGGAGAGUGGCGUCUUGUGUCCUCCUUCCGGUGUGGUGCUUUGGUCUCUGCCCUCGGCGUUGGUGGAAGAGGAUUUCGUCAGAUCUGGUCCGCCUGGCGGUUGUGGAGGCUUUGAGGACGUGUUUCCGCCGUCGGUGAAUCCAAGAGAUGACUUUCCUUCUUCUGGUUUCUGUCAAAGGCAGCGGCAGCGUGGUUUCCGGCUUGCCGGAGAGGUGGCUCACUCCGCCGUCAAUCUUGAUUCGUCCCAUCGGUGA